UAAACCCGUCCCGAUCUAUCACGGUGUUACAGUUCCUCACGCUCACAAAUGAUAAAAAUGGCGACGCUAAUUUGUGUGUGCGUCCUCUUGUUUAUAACAGCAACAAUUCGAGCGGCCACGUCGCCACACAUCGUCUUCAUCGUUGCUGACGACUUAGGCUGGAAUGACGUGGGGUGGCACAACCCCCAGAUGCUGACCCCAAACUUGGACAAGUUGGCAAAGGCUGGUGUUAUCCUGAACAGUUCCUAUGUUGCUCCCCUCUGUACGCCGUCUCGGAGCUCCUUCAUGACAGGGAUGUAUGCCUACCACACCGGGCUGCAGCACCUGGUAAUCAUGCCGGAGUCCCCCGCCUACUUGCCCCCUAACUUCAUAACUCUCCCCCAGAGACUCAAGGAGCAGGGGUACAGCACACACAUGAUAGGAAAAUGGCACCUAGGGUUUUGCAACUGGAUGUACACCCCGACCUACCGCGGUUUCGACAGCUUCCUCGGCUACUACAACGGUGCUGAAGACUACUACACCAAGAAAAUGCGAGGUGGACUGAUAGCGAACGGGUUGGACUUCCGGGACAAUAAACAGCCCAAGCACACAGAGGAGUAUUCAGCUAAUGUGUACGCCAGAAGAGCAGUGAACAUCAUCAAGUCACACAACCAAUCAAAGCCUCUCUUUCUCUACCUCCCCUUCCAGUCGGUACAUACCCCCAUAGAGGUACCCAAGCGCUAUGAAAACAUGUAUCCGAAUAUAGAGGACACACAGAGGCGCCAAUACUGUGGUAUGGUGUCUGCCCUGGACGAGGCUGUGGGGAACAUCACACAGGCCCUGGAGGACACUGGGCUGAUGAACAAUCUCCUCCUGGUCUUCACAGCAGACAAUGGGGGUCCGACAUAUACUGCUGCCAACAACCUUCCCCUGAGGGGGGCGAAGACGACGCUGUGGGAAGGGGGUACCAAAGGGGCAGCGUUCGUCUACAGUAAGACCUUACUCCGAAAGUCAGGAUAUGAGAAUACUCAGAUGAUACACGCAUUCAGACUGGUUCCCUACAUUUUGUUCGGCUGGCGGGUGGGCAAGCAGAUUCGACGACAGACGGUGUCGACCAAUGGAAGACCUUGAGCGAAGGGAAGCCUACUCAAAGGACCGAAUUCGUCUACAACAUAGAUGAAAUUUUUAAGAAUGGUGCAAUCAGGGUUGGCGACAUGAAACUAAUAGAGGGCAGCCCUGGUAUGUUCAAUGGGUGGUACCCGUUGCCCCGGGUGACAAAAGAGGAUGCCGACUUCGACCCGGAACUUCUCAACAUGACUGAUGCCUCGAGCGAUACCUAUAUCUACAAGCUAUUGAAAACCCACUUUGACGGUGUGCGGAGAACGGAGUACCGGCUGUUUAACAUAUCGGCUGAUCCUACUGAGCACUUCGACUUGGCCGAAAAGUACCCGGAUAUCGUGUCUCAACUUAAAACGAAGCUCGACAUCUACAAGAAAUCCCUACACCCAGCCUUUGACCCUUCGUCUACGUUCAAAGCGAAUCCUCUGUUUUAUCACGGUGUGUGGAGCCCGGGCUGGUGUUAGUUCUGAACCAGAAAGUAGUUAAACGACGCAAAGGAACCGGCAACAUAUCAGAUGGCUACUUAUUACAUGUAUCUUAAAGGAGGCAACAGCAAGUUGACUGGACCAACAAAAAGAACAAAUUACUUUUGUUAAACCAUGACCUGAUUAUUUUGUCCCAAAUAUAUAUUGAACAACCUACCGGUAUUUUGUUUUCAAAACUAUCCCCUGGUAUCGCUCUCUCCUCUUCUCCCUUUCAUUUGCAUCUCUGUGUGUUUAAGUUAAUUUUCACCGUUUCGCCACGGAAUGAUUUGCCCCAACUCAUUGCGUAGGUAUUUAUUUAGGCACUAUGAGCUAAAUCUGAUAAAAUGUUUGGUAAAGUUUAAAAUUAUAAAAGACCCGGAUUUCCUUUCCGAUGACAAAGCUCAAAUUUUACAGUUCAUGUUUGUCCAUACUCUCUCUCCGCCCUAUCUGGGGCUGGUAUGAUAUUCUCUGUCUGUAUGUAUUUGCUUGCCCACACGUGUGUGCGUGCGUGCGUGCAUGCGUGCGUGCAAACAAUUGUGCAUAUCAUGUCAAAAUGG